AUGUCGCUAUCCCCAGAUGCACUGGCGACGCUCCUGGCCCAGCCGGCUUUGGCGCCUCCGGACGGUGUGACGCCGAACUUUGAUAAUCCGUCGAAUGGCAAUCACCUUGCAUAUGUGGUGACGACAUUUUGCACCGUGGUCUCAACGCUUUGUCUCCUGCUGCGGCUGUUUGCGAAAGGAUGGCUCGAAAAGAAAAUCCGCGUCGAGGAGGUCUUGAUGCUUGGCGCCUAUGGCGCCUACUGGGGAACCGCAUAUGCAGGCUACGCGCUGAUCGAUACGCCAGGCUACUACGUGCACACCUGGAACCUGCACAACAAAGACCUAAUCCGACCUCUUUACCUCAUCCUCGUCUACGGCUGCUGCUACUCGACCGUCCUCCCGCUCAUCAAAACCGCCAUCCUGCUCGACUGGAUCCGCAUCUUCGUCCCCAUCGACCGCACCCGCAGCAUCUUCUGGUGGGGGUGCAUAUCCGUAAUAACCCUGCAAUCCGUCUGGGGCAUAUUGUGUAUUCUCCUCCUAAACAUGCAGUGCCGCCCGCACGCCGCCAUCUGGGAGUUCUACCUCCCCGCGAAAUGCUACAACCUGCCGAAAGUCAUGCUCGUGUCCGCGAGCGUCCAGGUCGCCAGCGAUAUCAUCAUGUGCUUCCUCCCGCAACGCAUCAUCUGGAAUCUGCAGAUGAAUUGGCAGAAGAAGGCGGGCGUCAGUGUGAUUUUCGGCUGUCCCGUGUCUGUCGAAGUUGAUCGUUGA